AUGGAUAGCUACGAUAUGUUACGUCCGAUCAAGUACACUCAACACAAAAACGUUACAACAAUGGUGGCUGCUAACCCAUUAAUGGCGGUGAAAUCUAAGAAGUUAUCUGAUCGGCAAACGGCGUCGUUGCCAAAAGUUGUACGGAUAUCGAUGACUGACCCUGAUGCUACCGACUCCUCCAGUGACGAUGAAGACGAGUUGUUUGGACGGCGGCGGGUCAAGAAGUAUGUCAAUGAGGUUAAUAUUCAAACCUCGUUAAAAACAGCAGUGGCUGCCGUCGGUGGUCGGAAAAAGACAGCGAGAAACGGUGAAGGGUCUCUUCAAGCUAAACAAAAGGCGAUGAAGACUGCCGGUGCUCCAGCAGUGCCGGCGGGGGGUAUUAGGAAGUUCCGGGGAGUACGACAAAGGCCAUGGGGGAAAUGGGCGGCUGAAAUUAGGGACCCAGCUAGACGUGUACGGCUGUGGUUGGGUACUUAUGAUACAGCGGAGGAAGCUGCUAUGGUGUACGACAAUGCCGCUAUUAAACUACGUGGGCCCGACGCUUUAACCAAUUUUGUGACGCCGCCGGCCAAAGAGACUACGCCGGAGAUUAACGUUCCGUCAACGUCUGGUUAUGAGUCCGGCGAAGAGUCAAACAACCUUCCAUCUCCGACAUCAGUGUUACGGUUCGAAAGCGAGAGCAACUCAAAAGAAGGACUUGAACCGGUCAAGGAAGCCGAGGAGUGUCAAUCAGACAAUGGGUCGGGUCAGGAGAGAUUUGACUAUCAAAUGAUCCAUGACCUUGGUGCGGGUCAAUUAGGAGAUUUCACAAUGGAUGAAUUAGAAAUUGAUGAUCCAUUCUUGGAUAAUCUAUUCGACUUCCCAACCCGUGACCCGCUCCUCUUUGAUGAAGAAUCACCAUUCCUAAAAUAUUCACCCAUCGAUGAGUUCGACUUACCUGACCCGAUCCAUAUUGAAAACGAAGCCCCAUCAGCAGAGUUUGUAACAGACGAUAACUUUGCGACACUACCAUUUGAAGACACCCAAAUAUGGUGCAAUGAUGCUACCAACAAUUCAUUAUGGGACGAAGACUUUGGAAUCUGUAAUGAUAUGAUGCUGGAUGUUACUUCAUCAUCGAUACUCAAGGUUGAUGACUACUUUCAAGAUAUUACUGGCGAUUUUCUUCCUGCCGAUGUUCUGAUGACCGGAUGUUUUUAA